UGCUGUCGUAUCAGACAGUGAAUGAAAGUUUCUUCUCUCUGAUGAAACCACCACAGUACGUUACACUACAGUUAGAUAUUUUUCUACAGUUACAAUGUCAUCCAAAUUGUUUUCGGUGAAUAGUACACUUUAUAAAUGUUUGAAGACUGUUCAUAACGGGCAUGCGCAAAGAUUUAGCUCCGGAGCUGCCUCUGCUGUUAAUUUAAAGGGCCGUAGUUGUCUGACUCUGAAAGAUUUCAGUUCAGAUGAGAUCAAGAAGCUGCUGUGGAUGUCAGGGGAUCUCAAACAUCGGAUCAAACAUGAAAAAGAGUAUCUUCCCCUUCUGAGAGGAAAGUCACUUGCCAUGAUAUUUGAGAAGAGAAGCACCAGGACAAGAAUGUCCACAGAAACAGGUUUUGCUUUGCUUGGUGGACACCCAUGUUUUCUCACAUCCCAGGACAUUCACCUGGGAGUCAAUGAAAGCUCUACAGACACAGCGAGGGUCCUCUCAGGACUCUGUGACAUCGUCUUGGCACGAGUGUACAACCACUCCACUCUGGAGGAGCUGCAUAAAGAGGCCUCCAUCCCCAUCAUCAACGGUCUGUCUGACCUCUUCCACCCCAUCCAGAUCCUGGCUGACUUCCUCACUUUACAGGAGCAUUAUGGGUCACUCAGUGGACUAACAGUGAGCUGGAUUGGAGAUGGUAACAAUGUGCUCCACUCCUUCAUGAUGACUGCAGCCAAACUGGGAGUUCAUCUUAAAAUUGCUACACCCAAGGGGUAUGAGCCAGAGAAGAGCAUUGUUCAAGAGGCACAGCGACUCUCCAAACAGCAUGGGACCCAGCUCGUCUUGACCUCUGACCCGAUGGAAGCAGCUCAUGGCACCAAUGUUUUGGUAACUGACACAUGGGUCAGCAUGGGACAAGAGGAGGAGAAGAAAAAAAGGCUUAAAGACUUUCAAGGUUAUCAGAUCACCAUGCAGACAGGAAGUGUGGCCAAACCAGACUGGACCUUCCUGCAUUGUCUCCCCAGAAAAAUGGAGGAGGUGGAUGACCAGGUGUUCUACUCCUCCCGCUCCCUGGUCUUCCCUGAGGCCGAGAACAGGAAGUGGACUAUCAUGGGUCUGAUGGUUUCUCUUCUGACCGACUACUCUCCACAAGUCCCAAUGCUCAAGUUUUAGACUCGGGUCUUAAGAUGGAGUCAUCUGUUAAUUCCACAUGAUGAUCACUUUGUACUCCAAUUCCACAUCCACAUUUUUUUUAUUUACUGUGAUAGUCACCUGCUCAGUAGGAAUUUCUCUGCUUAACACUUGGCAGAAAAGGAUUCUUCAUUUUUGUUGCAGUUUUUCUGAACAAAGUAACGUAAAUAAUGUAAAACAUGUGUUCUCAUGUGGUAACAAACAAGCUUCACAAUCACAACUCUCCAUCAGUUUCAGCACACUACCGAUCAAUUAUAAUGUUCAACAUUUUAAAAAAAUCACAUAAUGCAUUACUAACGAAAAAAGUGAUAAAAACUAAAUCUUGGUGCUUGGUACUACUUUAUGUCUUAAAGCGAGGUUACAUGGUUAUAGGGCAAAACCUCUAUCUUAGAUAAAACAUAAUUUUAUGUAUACAAAGGGAUCUUCUGCAUUUUCCUCUGUAUAUAUGUGAUGCUGCCUUAAAGCUUUAUAUGUUUUUCUUGAAGAGCCUGUGUUUCAGAGACAACAAAUAAUAUUAUUAUGGAUGUUGUGGACAGUAUAAAUAAACAUAUCACAAAGCU